CUAAUAAGCAAGUCUUCACACUUCAUUUCCUCUAAUUUGUAUACCAUCCCAUCCAUUUCUUUGAAUAUGCUCUUUUCAUUCAUUUUUAUUCUCACUAGCAAAAUUACUUUUUCUCAUCAAGCUAAAAUUCAUAUUCAGAUCUGCAAGUUUUCUGUUGGCUAUAUUUUUAGCCUUGUUUAAGUUCAACCAUCAUCUCUGGUUUUGAGCUCUACUCGAGCGUAGUCAGCCAGCUUCUUGACUUUGCUUAGCGUUCAGAUUUUGCGGAAAAUGGGAGAGGAGAAUUGUUGGGAGAGAGAAGUUGUAAUCACUGAGCUAACCAAGGGGAGGGAAUUGAUGUAUCAGCUGCAAAAGCACUUUAAUCCAAUGAAACAGGAUGUAUGCCAGUAUUUAUCUGUGGAAAUACUUUCUUCUUAUGAUAAAGCAUUGUCCCUCUUAAAUGGCACAGCUUUAUCAGUAAUGAGCAAAGGAAAACAGAUUAUCAAUUCAGCACCUUCUUCAUCAACUGCUAAGCUGGUAUCUCCUCAUCUUCCGGUUGAUAGUAGCACGAAGAGUUCUGACCGUCCUUCUAACUCCAGGAAGAGGAAGAUGAUCUCGCGAAGGACAGAGUACGUACAUGCUCGAUCUGGAGCAGAGGUUCCACCUGAGGAUGGAUACAGUUGGAGAAAAUAUGGACAGAAACAUAUUUUAGGAGCAAAUUAUCCCAGAGAAUAUUAUCGAUGUGCUCGUCGUCAUUUAUCUAAAUGUAUUGCUACUAAGAUGGUCAAGCGAAGUGACACAGAGCCGCCAGUUUUUGAAGUUAUUUAUGGAGAAAGUCACAGUUGUGGUCAAGAAAGCAAAAACCAAAAUGAAGAAUUACCUGAGCCUGUGCUAACAACAGAAAUACAAUCUGAAUCUGCUGAUAUUGCUGAUAUGGUUUCAACACCAAAUAAUUCAUUCAACAAUUCCUCAACAGGUGUUGUAUUCUCAUCAAAUUCCAAUUCCAAUUCACUAUUCAACAUCGCCAAUUCUGACUUCAUUUCCACACCAACUUCUUCACCCCAUCCAGAUUGGAAUUUUUUGUCAUUUGAUGAUACUACUAGACUCACUGCUUUACUUAAUGAUGGACCUGAAAAUGUGAGCUGCACUUAUAAAGGUGUCGAUUUCAUUUCCACACCAACUUCAGACCACAAUCUGUUACUUGAUGAUACUACUAGUCUCACUACCUUAUCUAAAAGUGCACCUGAAAAUGCUAGGUGCACCUAUAGAGGUGUCCGCCAGCGUCCUUGGGGGAAAUGGGCAGCUGAAAUCCGCGAGCCCAACCGUGCUCGCGUAUGGCUUGGCAGUUUUGAGAAUUCUCAUGAUGCUGCUGUGGCUUACGAUGCUGCCGCCUAUAGAUUCUACGGGAAAAAUGCGAGACUCAACUUCCCUGAACGUUACAUCAAAUAGGCCUAGAAUUUACGAGUCAGUAGUACCAACAACUUUGGUUCAAGCCCUGUAUUUGUAUUAAAAAAUGUAGUUUGGUUGAUUAGUAGACAAUGCAACAUUUGGAUUGUCCAAGAAGAUACUCCUCUUACAA